AUGUUCAAGAAAGACAUAACAUCGGGCGCAAAGUCCAAGGUCAAAUCGAGCGCCCAACGCGCCAUCCGCUCCAAGGUCCUUGAGGAAUACCCCAGGUUAGAACCGUAUAUCGAGGAUAUAAUGCCCAAGAAAGAGCAAUUAGAUCUUGUGAAGUUACCAGACCGCGUCUCCCUAUACACCCUCCACUCAACCCCACUCUUCUUCCAACACAUGGACGACGCCUUACUCCCCCACCUCACCCUCGUCCACAAAUACCCAACCUGCUUCCACCGCCUACGCAUCGACCGCGGCGCAAUCCGCUUCGUGCUUUCCGGCGCCACGCUCAUGGCUCCCGGCCUCACAUCCCCCGGCGGCCGGCUCCCGGACCCAGACGCCUCGGACGAGGACAAGGCGCGGUAUGGGACCGAGGAUUUGGAGGCGGGGCAGGUGGUGGUUGUGGAGAGCGAGGGCAAGGAGACGGCGUGUAUGGUGGGCGUGUUGAAGAUGGGGACCAAGGAGAUCAAGGAGAAGAAGAAGGGGGUUGCGUGUGAGGCGGGGCAUUAUUUGGGGGAUGGGCUUUGGGGGUUGAAGUUGGAUUGA